GUGCUACAACAGAAGCAUUAUACAGAAGAAACAUUCUCUUCAUACACGGAACGAAGUAGAAGAACGUCAAAGAGAGCCAUCGUCUCCUCUCCCUUAGUUGGAUUAUCAAGUUGUGUUACAGGCAGGAGAGAUGGAUCAGAUAAUGAACAAGGUGGGGUCUUAUUGGCUAGGACAAAAGGCAAACAAAGAGUUCAACUCGGUCGGUGACGACUUCAAUUCAUUGUCUAGCAGUAUUGAAGGAGGUACCAAGUGGUUGGUCAACAAACUCAAAGGAAAAAUGCAGAAGCCAUUGCCUGAGCUGCUGAAGGAGUUUGGUUUACCUGUUGGGAUCUUUCCACAGGACGCCACAAACUACGAGUUCAACGAAGAGACGGGUAAGUUGACUGUCUUCAUCCCCGAGACCUGCGAGGUUGGGUACAGAGACUCAUCGGUCCUGCGGUUUUCAACCACGGUAACUGGUUACCUGGAGAAAGGGAAGCUAGCUGAAGUGGAAGGCUUGAAAACAAAGGUGAUGAUUUGGGUGAAAGUGAGUUGUAUCUCAGCAGAUGCGUCAAAGGUAUAUUUCACGGCUGGGAUGAAGAAAAGCAGGAGCAGAGAUGCUUAUGAGGUUAUACGGCCUGGUGUUACUGUUGAUAAAUUCUAACUUAUGGAUGCUUUGCCAAGUUGUUUUUUGUAUGUAUGUAUGCUUUUUAACUCCUUGUGUCAAAAGUAAGCUCUGAUGAAGCAAACCCUUUACUUGGAAACGUUGGGUACUUGAAUGAGCUUUGUAGCAGUAAA